AUGUUUCCCCGAAUCCAGUCGGUGUCCAUGUUAGUGGACAUGGGUUUCCACGUCCAGAAGCUUUCAGUAAGGUGUAGUCGUGGCUUCAAGAACGCUGCCCGAAACUACUGCCAAAAAGCCCCAAAAGAGGAGAAAGUAAUCGCAGGAACGCCCUACAAAAAGCUCUCAGUCGGAGUUCCCAAGGAAAGUUUUCCCAAUGAAAGGAGAGUAGCCAUUUCUCCGACUGCCGUCCAAGCGCUAGUAAAGAAAGGCUGGAAUGUGAACAUUGAAGAUGGUGCGGGGGUUGAAGCCAAAUUCACGAAUGCAAACUUCCAGGAGGUCGGUGCCAAGAUAACUGCAAAGAGUGAAACGUACAAGUCUGACAUUGUGUUGAAAGUGAGACCACCAAGCGAUUCUGAAAUUCCGCUGUUUAAAGAGAAUGGUACCUUGAUCAGCUUUCUCUACCCACAACAAAAUGCAGAGCUUGUAAAGAAACUUGCCGCUCACAAACUCACCACAUUCGCCAUGGACAAGGUGCCAAGAAUCUCCAGAGCUCAGGUUUUCGACGCUUUGUCCUCCAUGGCCAACAUUUCUGGUUACAAGGCUGUGAUUGAAGCCGCCAACAACUAUGGCAGGUUUUUCAGUGGCCAGAUCACAGCUGCAGGCAAGGUGCCCCCGGCGAAGGUGUUUAUAAUCGGAGGCGGUGUGGCUGGUCUUGCAGCUGCGGGUGCAGCCAGAAACCUUGGAGCUAUCACGCGGCUCUAUGAUGUGAGGCCGGCGGUGAAGGAACAGGCAGAAUCUCUUGGAGCGGAAUUCUUAGAAGUCUCUGUUAAGGAAUCCGGCGCCGCGGCUGGUGGCUACGCCAAGGACAUUAAAGAAAUGUCAACAGAGUUCCAGGACGCUGUCAAGGCGCUGUACGCCAAGCAGUGCAAGGAGGUGGACAUCAUCAUCACCACGGCUCUCAUUCCUGGGAAAAAGGCCCCCAUUCUGAUCACAAAGUACCAACACGGAAAUGAUCGAGACAAUGAAGCCAGGCUCGGUGGUUGUGGACCUGGCUGCGGAGGCUGGUGGGAACAUUGA